GCCUUCGGCGAUGAUGUUUCAGUACACCGCCGACUGGCCAGAGGAACUGUUUAACUUUCGAGCCGUCUGGAUACUGGCGAUAUGAAAUCAAGGAUCGAGAAUGGUUCCGACAACAACCUGUCGGACAUGGGUCUGAUAAAUGUAUUAUCUCAUCAAAAGGAAAUCAAAAGACGACUACCCUGGUACUAUGCUCCCUCCUUUUUGAUCCUUUGGGUGGCUCUCUUCUAUGCGAUCGUGUUCCCUCUAUACCAUCGACUUCCGGAUAGUGUUAUGAUUUCGGAUGAAUCUCGCAAGCCGGGUGAAUUUGUGGCAGAACGGGCUCAGAGAUUGCUGUACAAGUAUGAUCGGAUAGGACCCAAGGUUGUGGGUAGUGUGGCGAACGAGGUAACUACCGUGGCCUUUAUCAAGGAGGAAGUGGAGAACGUUCGUGCUGCUAUGCGUACGGAUCUGUACGAUUUGGAGUUGGAUGUCCAGCAACCGUCUGGAGCGUAUAUGCACUGGCAAAUGGUGAACAUGUACCAGGGAGUUCAGAAUGUGGCCGUAAAGUUGAGCAGCAAGAGUUCCAAUAGCUCUUCCUACGUCCUGAUGAAUAGCCACUUUGAUUCCAAGCCAACUAGUCCAGGUUCUGGAGAUGAUGGCACUAUGGUUGUGGUUAUGCUAGAGGUCUUGCGGCAAAUGUCCAUUUCGGAGACCGUAUUCGAGCAUCCCAUAGUUUUUCUUUUCAAUGGAGCCGAAGAGAAUCCGCUGGAGGCCUCCCAUGGUUUUAUUACACAGCACAAAUGGGCACCAAAUUGCAAAGCUCUAAUAAACUUGGAAGUAGCUGGCAGUGGAGGGCGUGAUCUUCUCUUCCAAAGUGGUCCCAACAAUCCAUGGCUCAUAAAGUAUUACAACCAGAAUGCUAAACAUCCGUUUGGCACCACAAUGGCCGAAGAGAUUUUUCAAUCAGGAAUCCUGCCCUCUGAUUCUGAUUUUCGUAUAUUUCGGGAUUACGGCCAGCUUCCGGGAUUGGAUAUGGCUCAAAUCAGCAAUGGCUAUGUGUAUCACACCGUUUUCGAUAAUGUUCAGGUCAUUCCAUUAGCUUCUCUUCAAAGUUCUGGCGACAAUGCCUUAUCUUUGGUACGCGGUUUUGCCAAUGCUUAUGAACUUUCUGGUUCAGAGGAUUAUAGCGAAGGACAUGCCGUUUUCUUCGACUAUCUGGGACUCUUCUUUGUAUACUACACGGAAACCACUGGGAUUAUUCUGAACUGUUGUAUUGCUGUGAUCAGCUUGAUUCUUGUGGGUUGCUCUCUGCUAAGAAUGGCCCGUGAAUCGAAUGCAUCGCUGGGACAGAUAUCGAUAUGGUUCAGCAUAAUUCUAGGGCUUCAUGUCCUGGGAAUGCUUCUUUCUCUUGGAUUACCGCUUCUAAUGGCAGUCCUGUACGAUGCUGGAGAACGUUCCUUAACCUAUUUCAGCAAUAACUGGUUAGUAAUUGGACUGUUUGUGGUUCCGGCAAUCAUUGGCCAAGUUUUCCCCUUGACGCUCUACUAUACUCUGAAACCGAAUGAGAAAAUAAGUCACUCUAACCAUCUUCAAAUGAGCCUAGAUGCCCACUGCGUGCUUCUGGCUUUGAUUGCCAUUAUCCUUACGGCUGUAAGUCUAAGGACACCCUACCUAUGUAUGAUGUCUAUGCUUUUCUAUUCAGGAGCUGUUCUAAUAAAUUUACUGAGUACUCUCCAUGAUCGCGGAUACCUUUGGGUUUUCGCAGUUCAAAUCCUACAGGUGAUGCCUUUCCUGUACUUCUGCUAUCUGUUCUACACAUUCCUCCAAGUCUUCUUUCCUAUGCUGGGUCGCUUCGGCCACGGCACUAAUCCAGAUCUUCUUAUAGGUCUGAUAUGUGCCCUGGGAACUUUCUUUGCAUUGGGCUUUGUGGCUCCCCUGAUUAAUAUGUUCCGCUGGCCGAAGUUAGUGUUGCUCGGCUUGGGAGUGGUGACAUUUAUUUUCAGCAUGAUUGCCGUCUCGGAUGUGGGCUUUCCUUAUCGCGCCAAGACAAAUGUGAUGCGGAUACACUUCGAGCAUGUUCGUCGCAUCUUCUAUGAAUACGACGGCUCAGUGAGCCUGAGCGACUCUGGUUACUACUUCGACUUUCAGGAUCGUCGCCUCUACUAUCCUCUGGAGGAUUCCUCCUUGAAUCUCACUGGCAUGGUUAGCACUUCUACUUAUUGUGAUAAAUAUUUGAUGUGCGGUGUUCCCUGCUUCAACCACCGAUGGUGCAAAACCCGAGAAAAGAGCCACUGGCUGCCACGGGAAAAGCAAGUAACUCUUCCCGGACCAACAUCCAUGAAGCUUCUCAGUAAGACCGUUCUGGAAUCGGGGAAAGUGGCUCGUUUCGAAUUUGAGAUGUCUGGACCUCCACAUAUGAGCUUAUUCAUUCAGCCUCUUGACGGCGUUUCUGUAGAGGAUUGGUCUUUUAUUCGGAAUCAACUAGAUGAACCCCAAACGUACUCGGCACCUUAUCAAAUAUUCUUUGCCUAUGGCAAUGAUAAUUCUCCCUUGAAGUUUCACAUUGAUCUUGCGAAAUCCUCUGGAGACUUUAAUGCACCCACAUUUCAGUUGGGAUUCGCCGCCAGUUUUGUCAGUUAUGACUACGAACGGGAUGCAGACGGCUUGCAGUUUAUAGCCGAUUUUCCGGACUUUGCUCACGUCAUGGAAUGGCCUACUUUGUACGAACGUUAUAUAUUCUAAGUUAAUGACAAUUUCUGCUUUUGUUUGCACCAAAGACUUUAAUCUAAGACAUCCCAUUAAAAGCACUGAAACUAAUUAAAACAACAUUCACUGUUA